AUGAGCACUUGUGCAAAAAGGAAGGCUUCUAAAUCAAAGAAAGUAAUCAAGGAUAAGAAAAGAAUCAAAAAGAAGCCCUACAAAGGUCCCUUGGACAAAUACUUACAGCCCAAUAUUGCAAAUGUGACAGUCGACCUUUCAAGUAGCAGAAGAAUGACUACCAAAACCAAAAGGAUCAACCGGUCUGCGAAGAAGAACAUCAGGAGCUCCUCUACUCAGCAAGCCAGGAUCAAGGAUCUCUGAAACGAAGAUAAACAGAAAUUAGGACUCGUGGUCAAGUCUCUAGCAUCAAAAGUAUCUAAAGAACGAGAGAUUAAUUCAGAGCUCAAGAGAAAAUAUGAAGAAGUCCUUAAAGAUUUUGAGGAAGUCAAGAGCCAACUACAGACUAAAGCCUCUGAUCCUCAUAAAUAACCUUAAAGAAAGAGCCAGGAUUACUCAAAUCAAGGAGAGCGAGUCCGACCAAGAUCAGCCAACUCGAGAUAUAAAUAAAUGCGCAACUCAGUCUUCGUUUAGGAUUCAUCGAAGAGAUAUUGAGAGUUUCUGUCCAGAGGUGCCUGCAAAAUUUCAGCUAGAUGCUCCAAAAAUCCUUGAAAGUAAUAGAGCAACUAGGAUAGAGAACCAAACUUUACUUGAGAUUUCCAAGCUCAAAAACGAGGUCAAGCAGCUAUCUAUAAAUAUCAAGGAGCUAAGCAAUUCAGCAUCCAAGAAAGGUGGCUUUAGGCUCCACACAUGUCAAGAUGACACCUCACUAUAUUCAGAAGAAGAUGACUUUUAGAAAUAAUAUGAGAGCUAGAAAAAUAAGGAAGAAGACUCAGAGAAAGAACGUUCUGAAGGAUGAGUCUCUCCAAAAAGCUGUUUUCCAUAAGAAUUCGUAUUAUAGUGAUAUUGAUGAAGCUAAAGAUGUGCAACCUGUGAAGAAAUCAAAGCCAAGACAGAGUAAAAGGCAGGAAAGCUCGAAAUAUGAUCUUAUUGAUCAGUCGAAGAGAGUGAAAUCUUCAUAUUAUAAGAUUGAUCUAAAGCCUAAGUUUUCUUCAAAUUAUCACACAUCUAGUGAUAGAAAGGUCUGAGAUGGAAAACUAUCAAGAAUGAUAGUUGAUUGUGGACAAAAUUCUGGCUUGGAUAGUCAGAAAUCUUCUACAACUACUCCUAUCUGCAGGACAAAUUAUUCAUCUGUAAAAUUUGGUUUCAAGGAGGCUGGAUUGAAGAGUUUUGAAAAUGAUAAACAUCGAAGAAACUUAGAACAUUCAAGGCCAUCUUAUACAAAUCAGUGGAGUAGUUAUGGAUCUUCAUUCAAUGGAUUUCCAUCACAUUUGUUUAAACCACCAAAGACCAAGAAGGAUGAUAUCUUCCCUUAAAGAGGUGAUGCAGAGCUGAUAGACAUAAUUUUUCCAGUUCAAUGU